UUCCUUUCCUUUCCUUACCAUCCUAAAAUGAAGUUCUCUCUCCUUGCUGUCUCCGCUUUCUUCUUGGCCACUAUGGUCGCUGCUGCCCCUUCCACUGUCUGCACCGGAAAGCACGUUGCCACCAAGGGUGAGACUUGUGCUUCUAUGGCUAAGCACUACAAGAUCAGUGUCAAGAACCUCCAGCAGUGGAACAGCGGUCUUGGCUCCAACGUUAAGAAGUGCAGCAAGAUCACCACCGGAAAGUCUUACUGCGUCAAGCGUGGACCCAAGAAGGUCACCACCAAGAAGACUACCACCAAGAAGUCUACCACCAAGAAGACCACCACCAAGAAGACCACCACCAAGAAGACCACCACCAAGAAGUCUACCACCACCAAGGCUUCUCCUGCCACCAGCACAAACGGACUUCAUCUUGCCCCCCACACUGACCCCAACUGCAAGAAGUACUACGUUGUUGUAGAUGGUGAUGGUUGCGAUACCGCUGCCAAGAAGAACGGCAUCACCGAGGCCCAGCUUUACAAGUGGAACACUGGUCUCCACCACGCCGGUGAUCACCUCUGCGACAACCUUGACACUGGCAGAGCUUACUGCGUCAAAGUUUAAAUAACAUUCUUUUCAGACCCGCUCCUUUUUUUUACCCAUACAUACAAUAAUGUAUCCGUUAGAUUAGGCAUCAAUCACAAUAAAUACCAUGCAAAAUAUACACCACUUAAUCUUUUUGUUU